UCCAUUUCAAUCAUCUCCCGGUCAGAUUCAGGUAAAAAUAGCACAGCUAUCUCUUUUGUCUCCACCUUGCGAAUGCCGCGAGGAGCCUCAGAUUUCGCUGGGCCCUUCGUCGGUACACCAACCUAGCUUUUCGUCACCUCUCUCCUCCUCCUCCUCCUCUCUCUCUCUCUCUCGUGGGAAAAUGGCCAGACCCAAUAACGCCACGGUCAGCUGAAACCGAUCGGUUCCUUUACCCUUCCAUCAUGAAAACGUCGAAACCAAGCUCCCGGGUGAGGGUCGCGGUUGUAAAUUUCUUCUGAGAUCUAAAGUCUGUCCUCUUUUCUUUCGGUUUGGGAGGGAUUUCUGGAUGGCUACGUGCUUCGAUCGGUGGGAGAAGGAUCCCUUCUUCGCGGCCGCAGAGGAGGUCCAGGAAGCCGCCGACAGGAUGGAAUCCGUGUAUAGAAGAUGGAUUUAUGAGAGGAAAGCGGCUUCUAGUGGCGCUGGAAAUGGCGAAGACGUCUCCGGCGAGCUCCUCGGGGAGCUUCACACGGCCCUCGGCACUGCAAAAUGGCAGCUAGAGGAGUUGGAUCGGGCGGUUAGGUCGAGCGAUGAGGCUUGCUCGGCCGGGGAGGACACGAGGACCCGGCAUAGCCAAUUUGUUGCGGCGAUUGGGAAUCAGAUCUUGCUGGUGGAGAAUGCUUUGAGGGAAUUGACAGAUGAGGCGGGGAAGGCUAUGGCCUGGGUUCAAUUGGACGAAGGAGAACGGGAUGAACUCGCUCUUUUCUUGUCCUGUCCGUUGCCAGAACUAGAGAAAGUGGUGACUGUUCCAUCUCUUGGUGAGCUAAAGGUAGGGGGCAAUCAGCUGAGGAUGAAUGGAGAGGCUGAAUGCCUGAAGAACUUUUGUGAUUCAUAUGAGUUGGGUAAGGAAGGAAGAGAGGAGGAGAAGGUGCAGGGGCACCGGAGGGCAGCAAGUGCUAAUGCUGAUAUUGGGGUAUGGAAGAUUUCAGUUUCUGAUGAGGAAGCUCCCAGGAGAUCGUUUGACGAGCGGCCCAAUUUACCCCCUCCAAAGAUAUCCAGCUUAUCUUGCUUAACAAAGGCUUUAGAAUCAACAUCUAGGAUGAACUUGUCUAAAAAUGGCUAUAGGAAAUGGAAAGGUGGGGUUCAACAUCAAGACGAUGAAGAAUUGAUCCCAUUACGAAACAAUAGAUUGAGUCGGGGAAAUGAUGCAUGCUAUGAGAAAAGUAAGAGCUGCCUUAGUAGUCAUGGUGAUGAAUCUUAUGAUAAACAGCUCUAUGGGUGGUUUGGAGCUCUUCAAAGACAGUUUCAAAGGUCUCAGUAUCAAAUCCAGUAUGGCCGUCCUAUUCAAACUAUCCUCUGGGCCAUUCUCGUACUUGUAUUACUUGUCUUAUUGGCAUUGAGUGCAAUCUAGUGGUGAUAGACAUAUUGAUACAUCAUUUGGCAGUUGGAAAAUCCAUGGGUGAUAGGUCAGGCUUUGGUACUUUCACAACAAUAAGGUUGUCGAUAAUUUUUGAGGCUUAUGCCAAAUGCAUGCAUCAGAGCCUCAACUCUUUGUAAGGUUUCUUAUUAGUAAAAGAUGUAUCUGGAAAGCCUGAUCUGGAGAGGCCUUGUUUGUAUUCUGUUGCGAAAGUCGUAUCAAUUUGAAAUGUUGGUCUUUUGUUUCCAUAAGAUCACUGUUUGCUUCCAACUUCUAAUGCCAAGACAGAAGUGUCAAUAAUAUUCAUCUCCCAUCAAAUGACAGUUUAGGAAUGCAUCACGCUAUAACCCUUGCUAACACAUGACAGGGGCAUAGUAAUGGAAUCAUCCAAGCCAUUGAUGCACUUGAUGUUGCGAAUCUCAGGUGCUAUAUUGCAUGCAGGAUGGUUCAGAGUGCAUCAAUUGAUAGUCCAGCACUUUGUCAUUAAUCUUGUGUUUAUGCUGUUUAUAUUGUUAGAAGUAGCACAGUCUGCAGAUGGUACGAAAUAUUCUGAAUUUUUCUUGUGCUUAUAGAAGGUUAAUCGACCUAUAUCUUUCAUUUUCUCCAGUAGGACUUCAUCAUCAAUGUGCUGUAUCCAUUGCAGGACUUCAGUGUCUUCAUUACCGUCCCAUGAACUGGCUGGUCCCUAACAUCUUACUCCCUGGGGUUUUCGCUUGCUGAGAUUAACUUGAAUCGAGAAAGAGUGGAGGAAAAUGCUCAGGAUGGAAUCCACCAGUGAUAGCACAGGUUUAUCAUUGUUAGGUUAAGUGGAUUGUGUUGUAAAUUGUGUCUUGUAUUGUGAACUCCUGAAUGCUAAAUCACUUCAGCAAUUAGCAUUGCUUUAGUUUUAUAAUUUA